AUGGAAAAGAACAAUGCUUCUCAACUGGUAUUCGAUAAGGUUGCUGACAUCGAUGCAUCAAAAGAAUGUUUUAACAUCCAUGGCACUAAAAUACAUGAAACAAUAAAAAAGAAUCUUAUUCUUGUAUUUGAAUCCCUAUUCGAUGAAGGAGUUAUUAGGAAUAUCAGUAGCUCUGAUAUAUCUAGAAAUGAGGGAGACUACAUGCUUGUUCCACAUAAAGAUAAGACAAAUUUUUACAAAACCACCACAAUUCGUGUGUCCACCAAUUUUAUUGAUAGGGUUGAUUCUUCUCAUUUUGCCAGUUUCCCCGAUUUGCUAGCUAAUAAUUUUGACACCCGCAUCGCAUUUAAUUUUCUUGGGAAGGUUGUGUCGAUGGAUCCUAUGCGAGUCACUGUUAAGAAUGGAAAGGAAAAAUGGUUAAUGAAUAUGGCUGCUCAAUAUCUAAGUGGUAAGCAAAUUUCAGUUGCGUUGUGGGACAAUUUUGCACUUAAGCUUAACACUUACAUUUCAGAACAUCAAAAUGAUACUGCCCCUGUUAUGAUCUUCUAUGUUUGGCCAACUUCAAAACUUGUGAUGGUUGCUAAAAAUGAUGAUGAUAGUGCAACUAAACCUUUUAUGUGUGAUGGUUUCGGGCGAGUUUCCAGUUUACAUGGAAAGAUUAGGGUCAUUGUUCGUGUUCAAGAUAAAAGUGGGUCUUCUUCCUUUGUAUUGUUUGAGCAUCAUGUGAAAGAUUUGCUUCACCGUGGUAAACAAUCGUUUAUGGAAAAAAUAUCAAAGGAUCAAGGACUUCAAAAUAUCCCCGAUGAGUUCAAAAUCCUCCUCAAUAGAAAGUUUGUCCUCAAAGUUUGGAUCUCCGUCUUCAAUCUUGAAAACAACUUUAUCACUUACACUAUGCAUAAGUUGGCUGAAGAUGAAAGUGUACUUGCUCAGGUUUUCAAACGUUCACCUGCAUAUGAACAACAAAUUGUUCAUGAUGAUGGUACUUAUAGAAAUAAUUUCUUCAAACCCCUAAUUGUCGAGUUACUCAAAAGUCUACUAAAUUACCUUUAG